AGAGAGAGUGUUAGUGUGUGGCUGUAGUGAGUGUGUGUGUAUGUGUGCAUGUGUGUGUGGAGGUCUGUCAGUAGCAGAGUGUCAGAAGAGGCCUCACAGAUCUGCUGUCAAGUGGACCCAUGUGUGUGUGCAUGUCUUAAUAUGUGUGUGCUCCAUACAAGUGGAUGAAAGCAGCUUCCUCCGCCUAGUCCACCAUUUGCAAAAGUACUUUGUGUUCCUGCCCUACCAGUGCUGGAGUGACAGGUGAGGGGCAAAACAAGCCUGUUGAUCCAUCUUUGUCACAUUUAUUUGAAAAUCAACUUUAAGGAAACCAGUUUUCAGCAAAGAACCAUCAGCUGUGACUUUUGAAGAGCCGGGGGUGAGGUGAAAACAACUUCGGAACAGUCAAAAAAAGGAUAUCUUCUUCUUUGCCUCAUUAUUGUUCUCUCUGUCAAAAUGGAUCAUUACAUCCUUCUCAAAUCAGCUUGACUGGUUCUACAAAAAACAGCUUGGGAGUUGAUUUUUGUGGUGCAGACGAGCUGUCCUUCCCUACCAACACUAUAACAGGCAGGGAUGGGUUAACGGAGAUCAGCCAUGGUGGUGACCCAUCUUGCUCUGGAGCUGUGUUUUGAAAGGAAGAAGCUAAGGGGCUUCAGGUGCAAAUUGACCCGUACGGCCCACGGCUUACUGCCAGAGAGCUCAUGGAUAAUCGCAACCCAGAUCCUACUGCCAUACCUGGUGUCCGGCCUGGGAUUGGUGGCGGCUGGGAUAGUCAUGGAUGUAGUGCAACACUGGGAGGUAUUCAAGGAGGUCUCAGAGGUUUUUAUCUUGGUGCCAGCCCUGGUGGGGCUGAAGGGCAAUCUUGAGAUGACAUUGGCAUCCAGACUGUCAACAGCAGCCAACACGGGGCUGAUGGAUGAUGCUCAGCAGCAGUGGAGGAUGGUGUUCUGUAAUCUGGCUCUCAUUCAGGUCCAGGCCACAGUAGUUGGCUUCCUGGCAGCUGUUGCAGCGGUGGUUCUCGGGGGUCUGACCAAGGGAAGGGUGGAUGUCAUCCAGGCUGCUGUCCUCUGUGCCAGCAGCGUCACUACUGCUUUCAUCGCUGCGUUGUCUCUAGGUGUGGUGAUGGUGGCAGUGAUUAUUGGAUCCAGGAAAGUGGGCAUCAACCCAGAUAAUGUGGCCACACCAAUUGCUGCCAGCCUGGGAGACCUCAUCACUUUGUCUCUGCUUGCUGGUGUCAGCAGCCUCUUGUUCUGUUACAGAGACAUGUGGUACCUGCCUCCUGCGGUGUGUGGCUUCUUCCUGCUCCUAAUCCCAGGGUGGGUCAUUAUUGCCCGUCGCUCUCCACCAAUCAGCGAGGUCCUGAAGUCAGGCUGGCAACCAGUCAUUUUGGCCAUGUCCAUCAGCAGUAUUGGUGGACUGAUUCUGGAUAAGACAGUGAGCAAUCCAAACUUUGAAGGCAUGGCAGUGUUUACUCCAGUCAUCAAUGGCGUUGGGGGAAAUCUGGUGGCUAUCCAGGCCAGCAGGAUGUCCACCUACCUCCACUACUGGAGUGUUCCUGGGGCUCUUCCAUCUACAAUGAGUGUGAAGUGUCCUGGACCUUGUGCUGCCCUCUGCUCCUCAGAUGUGAACUCCAAAUCAGCCAGAGUUCUGGUCCUUCUGGUAGUCCCGGGUCACCUCCUCUUCCUGUACGCCAUCCACCUCCUGCAGGGAGGCCAUACUGCCUUGACGCCCACCUUCAUCAUCUGCUACCUGUCUGUGGCUCUGCUUCAGGUGGUGAUUUUGCUGUACGUGGCCAGCCUGAUGGUGCGAUGGCUUUGGCGAAGGGGACUGGAUCCAGACAACUUCUCCAUUCCUUACCUCACAGCUCUGGGUGACCUGCUGGGGACUGGUUUCUUGGCUCUGAGCUUCAGACUAAUGCUGACUGUCAUUUCUGCUGGGACUGGAGUUUAACACAGACACUUGUUCCCUCACACCCUGAGUGUACUGUUCCCUUUAUGCAAGAGACUGAAACACACUUGCAAAGCUCACUGGAUUUAGAGAGGAAGGUGAAUAGGUACAGUAAGUAUGACGUUGUCAUGAAGUACGCCUCAAUACUGAGCGUCCAAUAGGACAGAAUCCUCUUUUUUUGCAAGCAGCAUAUCCAAUUUAUAUUUUGUUGACAAAUAAUUACACAAAGAAUAAUUUAAUUUGCGCAAACACAGAUCUAAUCUGGGCUCAGUGAAUGCAUCUGUGUGUUUGCUAUUAUCCAUAUAAGGGGACAGUAAUAACCUCUCACUCAGUUUUACUCAUUUGCGCUCUUAUUUCCUGCUCUGUGUGCUCUUCUUGGACACCUGCUCACUGUGUCUCUCUCAACAUCUCUGCUUGCCUCAGCCUGACACAGUGUUACUGUGUGUCCUCACAGAAAGCGAGAGGGAAAUCACAGAAAGAACCAAACUUUCUGUUGAGCUCAGUCAGAGGCUUGAUAGCUUAGCUUACGUGAAUUACUACAAACAGUCAAGCAGUCAAAAUCGUGCACUUUACAUGCUGUCUGAACACACCUAUACAGAGUGCCACAAUUUCAGGUCAGAAAUGUGUUGCUGUUCUGUCUUCAGUCCAAUUGCAGGUAGGAUUGUCUGUUAGUAAGAAAGUAGGGGAGCACUGGGGAAAUGGUACGUAUUUAUAAAAUUUCGUUUGUAUGUUAGUCUUUACCUAGCUGUCUUAGUAGGUAAUUAGCUAACAGUUGCCAGAUAAGCAGAAGCUAACUAAGCUAGCUGGCUAACUUGAUAAAUGCCAGCUAUCACUAUUUAAGGAUUUAUAAUCAUGGUUUCUUUCAUAAAAAGUGACCAUAAAUGUUUUCAAGUGUAAAACCCUGAGUUAUGUGUAAUAUGUAUAUAGCUAGCUGACUGACUACUACUAACCACCGAAUAGCAUCUUAUAGUGUGCUGCUGAGAUUAUGUUUUUUUUUUUGACGUUAGCAUUGCCCUGGUUCCUUCAAAAAGCUAAUGGGAUUUUUCCAUUGGAUUUUGGAUUAUUGCAGAAAAUAAGCUCUGUGGCAAACAAAAGUUUAUGAUACUUGCAUGUUUUGCUCAGCAAGAUAGUCUUUUCAAAGGAACACUUUACAAUUUUUGACGUGUAAAUGUUAUUGGAAGAAGUAAAAAGCUAACGUUAGGCUAUAAACUAAAUAUAGUACUGUCGUCAUUGGCGCAAAGCCACUUGAUAGCAACUGUCUUCUUUAAAGACACGUAAAAUCUUCAAAAUUCACGAGUGGGGUAUUUACUGCUGUAUUUUGUCGUCAAGCAAAAUGUGAAAAUCUCUCGUGCUUAUAUUAACCACAGACCUUAUUUCAGCCAUCUAACCAAAAACCCAUUCAAAAAACCUAUUGACUUUGAGACAUGGGAACCUGAAAUGCAAAAAUGGUAGCUCAUUUACAGGGUUUAGGACUUGUUCCUGCAGUGCUAUAUUAAAAUAAGAUGUAGCACACGGUCCAAUAAAAACUGCUUAAAACUGCAUUAAUGAUUAUAAUGCCUCGGCUGAAUAUUCAAGUUAUUAACUUAAUUAGGUAGUGUUUAUCUGGCAAAGCGGAGAAUUACACAGGAAAUGAGCAAAGGUACUGGAGAUUAUUCUUGUGUGCUUACACAGAUAACAGCAAACACACAGAAUUUAUUUUCUAAUCCAACUUUUCUGCUCUCAGAACCCUUCAUGCUCAGGACUGAGGCACAAAGCUAACAUUGUAGAUAAGGGGCUGCAAAAACAAAAGUGGAAACAACCUGGCUCAAAACAGAAGAACAAAGUUAGGAAAGUGUGUCCUUAUUUUGCACUUUGGUCUCCAUAUUUGCCAGCUCACUGUGGUCAAUAGUUGCACUGGUCUCCACCCAGCUUGGCUCUGUAGAAACAACACCAUCUAUCUAAAAUGGUUACAAAUACUGUAGGACCACUCUGUUGUAAACUGUUGACACAUCUGUACACCUGUUGUCAGCUCUUAAAUGUUAGAUGGCAAAUGAUUGUAUUACGGCAAUAAUACAUAUAACUGUAGUGUAAAUGUAUAUUAACACAAAUCAGAUGCUGCACUGUCUGGAUGAAUGUUAGAUUUGAUCAUUUUCAUUUCAUGUAGGUUUGUGCCUUUAAACCGUGAUAAGCCUUCAGUUCUCUCAUGUGGGUUUUGUGUCUCCAAAUUUCUACUGGUAUUUUACUUUUUGUGCAGCACAGUACAACUGAAUAUAGCCUGUUGUACUUCACUGUCUCUAUGUUAGUCUGUGUUCCAGAUAUUGACAAUACAGAUAUUUCUUUGUGCUAUUUUUGUGAACAAAUGAUUUAGUAUGCAAGUCUCCGUAUGGGGGCAUUUUCAAUUGUUUGAUAUGCACUUUUAGAAAGAUGCUUGUCUUUACUGAUCUGAAAAUAGCAUCCAAAGAUGGUAAUAAUCCUGUUUUCACAGUCACAUCAAGCUUGACUGGACUCUGCUCUCAUAUUUGUAAAAACUCCUAGAUGACAUCUUUGCAGCCAUGAUUUGUCAAUGAAAUAAAAGACUGACAUGUAAGUCAUGACUGCUGUAUUCUG